AUGAGCCAGCUAUCUACUCUCCCUCUAAUGGAUGGAGAUCAAGAUCAAGGGCACUUUCAAGCCUUUCAUCUACCCAAAGAUCCUCCUAUCUUGUUCCCUUUCAUGAUCGACAACCCUGUGGAGCAUCAAGGGCAAGCCUAUGGAGACCAGCACUCGAGGCAGCAUUUUUUUGGUGAAUCUAAUCAGCAGUUCAAUGAUCACAUGAUGAUGAGCGGAGGAUCUGCGGACGUCUUCGCCACAUGCUCCCCGUUCGGACCUACCUUCCAAAGCAUCGGCAGUGACAUGAUCCAGAGAUCCUCAUACAAUUCCUAUGAUUUCGAAGCCACACAUGCCGGCGAUGGAUCGACCAGCCAGUGGGCAUCCGCCAAACCGCCGGUGAAGAUGAGGAUCAUGAGAAAGGCGCCAACGAAUGAUCACCAAGGAGGGACGACAAGAAAGCCAAGGAGAAGGGCACAAGCACACCAAGGUGAUGAGAGCCAGCAGCUGCAGCAUCCCAUGGGUGUUAUCAGAGUGUGCUCAGACUGCAACACCACCAAGACCCCCUUGUGGAGGAGUGGUCCUUGUGGCCCCAAGUCUCUUUGCAACGCAUGUGGCAUACGCCAAAGGAAGGCUCGCCGCGCCAUGGCUGCAGCAGCGGCCACUGCCGCCACCAACGGUGGGGUGGCGUCUGCUUCUUGUGGCGGUGUGGCGGAAGGGGCCACGCAGGCGAGCGAUGCAUCGCAAGUGGUGAAGGCAACAAAGAAGGAGAAGAGGGCUGUGGACCUCGACCGGUCGCUGCCGUUCAAGAAGAGGUGCAAGAUGGUUGAUCAUCCUACCGUUACCUCCACCAAGGCCGUGGCUGUCGAUGCCACUCCGAAGGAUCAAGAUCACGUUGUUGCCGAGGAUGGCGCCAUGGUGGAGAGACUGAGCAAAGCCGAUCCACAGGCAGCGUUCACUCACGGCUUCAUGCGCGAUGAGAUCACCGAUGCCGCCAUGCUGCUCAUGACCCUAUCCUGCGGUCUUUUUCGAAGCUAG